GGUAACCAUGUCCAGGCCUAAAGAACACAACACACUGUUCUGGAUUGCACAAACAGGUCUGUAGGGGCAUCAGCUACACCGGUCCCUCCUCAACUGAAACCUGUACAAGCAAGCUACAGUAACCUAAGACUAAGAUGACUGUAGUGUCCCCAUGCACUCAGAACCUGAUGGAUAGCGCUCACCCUCUGACUGUGCUCAGCAAGCUCAACGAGCAGCGCUCACAGGGCCUCUUCUGUGACGUUACCAUCGUGGUGGGGGAUGUGAAGUUUCGGGCCCACAAGAACAUCCUGGCAGCCUGCAGCGGGUACUUCAGGAACGCUCUGACCACCCCCGAGACAUGGAGCUCCAGCCAGGUGCUGGAGCUGAUGGACCUGAAGUCCGAGGUGUUCGCCAGCAUCCUCAACUUCAUCUACUGCUCAAAGGUGACCUCGCCGGGUGUGGAGGAAACUCGGGGGCUGGUGGCAGCUGGCAAAAGACUUGGCAUUCCCUUUUUGGAGAAACUUGCAGAACAAGAGAGGCAGGAGCAAUGUGUAAAAUCCACAGACUGCAGCAAUGCCACGGUGGCGAGAAAAACUAAGAAGGAAGCUCCCAGGCCUGAAGACGUUGACCGAGGGCCACGCAUCACCAAUGCUUUCUCUAUCACUGAAGUGUGUUCUGGGACCAAUAUUUUCACCCCUCUGGUUCAAACCGAAGGGGAAAGGCAGUCACCAGUUGUGGGACAGCUUCCAUCAAGUUCUCCUCCAUCCUCCUGCCUCACCGUGAACAAUGAGACCACCCACGCCCUCUCAGAGCACUCAUACGCAGUAAUCAAAUCCUCUGAAGGCAAAGAGAGCACUCAGUGGGACAACAAGAAGGUCUGUAAGCCAGCAAUAUCUCAGUCAAAGCAACUCAGCUACAGGAACGCAGGCCCGCUCAAAAAGCGCCACAGGCUGAGAGGAACUUUGUGUCGAAGUAUACUUCCAAGACCAGUCGAAUCGCAAACAGAUAAACCAAAUACAGACCCCCCCACAGUUACUGAUGGUGUUUCUGCAGCACCUGUUGAAGUCAUGACACCACCUCCUCUUAGUUCAGAAGCAGAAACAGAAAAAAGCAAAGGCCCAGGGUUACCUAUAUCCACUGACAAUGUUCAAAUGGAGUUAGAUCCACCAACCCUCUCCCCUCACACCGAGGAGAGCAUUUCAAUCUACGGGUGUGAACAAUGUCCGGAGAUAUUCACAAAUCAAGCUCUUCUCACCAUUCACUCAGAGGUACAUAAAAAGCGUUUUGUCAGUCAUUUAUUUUGCAAGUUUUGCCACAGAAAGUUCAUACACCUCAAACGGCUGCGCAACCACGAGCAGGUCUGUCCCAAGGCCGGGAGAGGCUCGCCUAAACCGGAUGCUACUGACAUAUCGACCAAAGAGGUGGAACUACAUUCAGAUUCAGAAGAGCCAAACACAGAGAGCAGCGUAAUACAGCUUCCUUCUGCUGACCCCUCCACCCCUUACACCCCAGAGCCCCUUCAAAUGGACCAAUUCACAGAGCCUUCACAGGGCGAGAAGGUGGUGAGACCAGGCGGGAGUCAGAGGAGAUACAACUGCAGUGUGUGUAAACGCGUCUACAUCACCUUAUCCAGUCUGAAGCGGCACGAGAAUGUACACUCCUGGCAGCGGGCAUACCCCUGUCAUUAUUGUAAUAAAGUGUUUGCAUUGGCAGAGUACCGUACAAAGCACGAAAUCUGGCACACAGGGGAGCGCCGCUAUCAGUGCAUUUUCUGCCUGGAGACAUUCAUGACAUAUUAUAUCCUGAAGAACCAUCAGAAGUCUUUUCACGGCAUUGAUCCUAAUCUAGCUGUUAAGAAAAAAUCAGCUAACGGUGGUUUGAAAGCCAGUGUUUAUCCAAUCAAACUCUACAGGCUCCUGCCUAUGAAGUUCAGAAAGAGGCAAUACAAGACAUACAGUCAGACGUUUUCAGAGGUUAAUGAAACAGGUGACGAAACCCUGCCGGAGAGCAACUCUCUCAUCCCUCCGUUUGAAGAGAAUGGUCUGAUCAGCCAGCCUGAUUCUGUUUCAUUGCCUUUGACAUUUAUGGCAACUACAAAGAUGGUGUCCCCUGUAAUGCCACGCAUCAGCUUUGGCAAGCCAUGUGACCAAGAUGUGGACCAAAGUGAUUUGGGAAGAAAAGAGGCGGAGAAUGAAAAUUCACCAAGCACGGAGUUUGAGUUUCCUGCUAAAGGUUACAAGGGUGACCCUCCAGCACGAAGCAACAUCAGACAUAAUGUGCCGUUCUUUAACUCUUUGAACACUGUUAAAAAGUUAGGUGAGCUAUCGGCUUCUGCAAAAAGAGUUGAGGAUAUGACCAAGGAGCUUCUUCAAUCAAGCAAUGAGAAUCUGGCCUACGAAAAAAAGCUAGGGGCAAAGACUGAAACGUAUAUCGCCAAACCUGCAUGCCCGGGUCCAUCUGUGGAUGGAGCCGCCAUGCCGCUCUGUCAGAUAACAGUGAAAAUAGGCAAUGAGGCCAUCAUCCGCCGCCAGAUCAAAGGAUCCAAGCUCUUCCCCAGAAAGAAAAGGAGAAUCAGAGAACGAGGUGAAGAGGAGAGCUCGAGUCAGUGCACUCAAACACGGGAAAACUCUGAGAGCCCUCGGCUCCGCCUGAGACAGGAAGGCACUUCUGCCAAAGCGCCAGAGACAUACGAAGAUCCUAACGACUGCGACACAGCAGAUAUGCUUUGGCGUCCCUACUAUUCUUACAAAUCCAAAAAGAAGACCAAGAAGUUGAGGUUCAAGCGCAGAAAGGCUUUGUUUCACGGUUAUCCGGAAACAUCUGUAGAUAGGACGGCUGCCAGUGAGGCCCACAUUGAUAAAAGCAGUUGGCUGAUUGAAGAGAGCACGUCGGGUGGGAGCGGAGAGGUGAAACGUAGCCUCAGCAGGAACUCCAGCCCGAGGGCCACCUACAUCUGUGACAUCUGUGACAGCUCUUUCAUCACAGAGACCGGUCUGAGAGCUCAUGUUAUUGGUUCCCACCCAUGUUUCUGUCGGACCUGCGGUAAACAAGGUCCUCCUGGUGAGGCCCCGGCCGGAGGGGAUUACAUCUGCAGCAGCUGUAUGGAAAACGGAUCCUGCUUUGAUAACACACCCCGGAGCCCCAACCCAGAGAAGAAGUAUCGCUGCUCCUUCUGUCCCCAGCGGUUUCUCUAUCUCGCCACCAAGAGAAGCCAUGAGAAAAAACACAAGGAGAGCAACGAGGAGGGAUACAACUCUGACAAAUUCACACCAUGCUCUAAAUACUCCGCACACCUGGGUGAAGAAAGUAAACAAGACAUAAAAGUAGAAGAGAGUGACAACCAAGGGGAUGCUGACAUAAAAAGUGAAAGGGUGGACGAAGAAUAUCUUUCCAUUGAUAAAAUGAAUCCUAAAGUUGAGGACACGGCAGGUGACUUGUUGUCUUUACCUACCUACCAAGACCUUUCAUAUUCCAAAAUGAAAAGCCCGUUAUCGCCGUGCAUUGGCCCAGUGUUUUCCCUGACAUCGUCAAGGGUGAAAAAUAAAAUUCCGAAAAAAAGGAUCAAUCCCCAGCACUCUAUGCAUCUUAUCUCAAAAAAGCAGAUCUGUGACAGAGACAGUGACGGCAACAAGGACAUUUUGAUAGGGCCAAAAACGACCAGUCACACUGAUCUUGAUAACUCCUGUAAACUCUUGAGGAGAAGUGACUCCGAAACUAAAGGUAGCCACAUUUCUAUACACAAGCCGGAGAAAUGGACGUGCAAAGAGGAGCCAUUUUUUUGAAAAACUUUGAGGAAAACAAUUGACAAAAAAAGAGAUUUUACUUGACUUUAAACCACUGCUUUCGGUGAGGAAGUGUUAGAGUGUUGUCUUUGAAGCCGAGCUUAAUGAAAUGUUUGAAUGGAAUAACAAUAAGGACCUUUGGUGCGUGCCAGUUGUACUGGGACGUUGAAAACAACGCAAUAUGCUCUAUUUUACACAUACACCGUAGCAACAUGUCCACAAUAAAAGCUGGACAGUAAUGUGUGUCCGACUGGUUUAGGGGGACAUAAAUGAGACAGAAGUGCUGUUAAACAAUACAUUCCUACAGCUCUCUUGGAUUUUAAGGUUGGGGUUUGAGGGCGAAAUCCAAAUCCAGUUAAAAUGUCUGACUUCCCAGUACAAACGCAAUGCACCAGUAAUACCAGUGUACGCUGUAAUUUCUUCCCUCCAAAACUCAGCAACGGAGUGUGUUGUUUUUAUGAUGAUAGGACCUUCGGAAACAGUACUUUGUUUAUUGUCUAUGCAUAUAUGGCAGACACACUGGCAUGACUUAAAGCUAUUUCAAGGCAGGGGUACGAUGUGUUGGGGAACUAGAAAGCUGACAUCUUCACUUUUGAAAUAUAUAUGAAGAAAACUGUACACAUUUUUUAAUCUCACGUUCAGUUACCCGGCCAUGGUGAGUUGCACUUUAUAGUUAGACUAUGCGUAUCUGAUUGUUAAAUACUUUGAUUGAUAUAUUAAGAUUUCUAAUUGACACAUGGAACUAUUGAGAUUAAAGGAACCACUUCCGUAUGUUUAAUAUGUAUCGAACAUGUAAUUAUUCAAAAUAAAUGUUGUUGAUAUUCUAAA